CUCGCAUAUCCGAAAUCAAACAAAGAAUGGAAUUGGCUGUCAGUGCCAAUGAUAGAGAUCAUGACGCCAAGAGCUCUGAAAUCUUAUCUGAAAGUUUUGUGUCCGAGUCUGUUGGUUAUGCUUCAAGAGACUCUGCAUCCAUGUUGGUGGAGUCAAAAUCUCAAUCUGACAUCAUUCCAGUAGACAAGUCAGGGACUAUGAUUGAUGGUAAAGAAUGUGAAGCAUUUCCUCUCAAUCUUGAAGAAUCGCAACAUCUAAGCCAAGGAGCACAUAUGGUGACUACAUCUUCAAUAGAUUUACAUAUGGUGACUACAUCGACUCAAUCUAAUGAGCAAGUCAGUUUCUCUGUAACCGAGAAGGUUUCAUCUGGCGAUCUUGAAAAUAGUCAAACUGUUCCACCUGUCGAAGCAAGUAAUACAGAUAGUUCUGUUGCACAACAACCUAGGAAGCAUAAUGAAGAUACUCAGCAAAGUACUCAAUUUGUCGAAGGCUGUACUGCCUCUGAAGGGUCAAAGGAUGCAGUAGAUGCUGAUGCCGCUGGUCAAGUUUUGCCUCAGCAGUGCAAGGAAACAAUUUUAGAAGAAAAUCUAACAGAAGUUGUAAACGAUCCUGAGACUCGGUCAGUUCUGGACAAGGAUGCUACAAAUGAAAACCCUAAAACUAGCUCCUUGGCUAAUCUAUGGAGUGAAGCUGUGGCAGAUUGCCAGGAAGAGAAUAAGACUGCUGCAUCCGGUGGGAUUAUGACAUCUGCGACUCCUGUUUCAUACCCUAUAGGUGUUGUAAUCGAAGUAGGAGAGUCCUGUGCUUCUACAAGGUCUGAGUCUUUUGUAAAGUCCCACAUUACUGGAACACAAGACGCUGUUACAAAUAUAGGGACUCCUGUUAUUUCUUCCUCAGCUCUUAAGACGCCCGAACUUCAACUUAAUAAGACAGAGACAAACAGUGUCAAAAAGCCAGAGGAACAGAAUACUUCGAGUUUGAUGUAUACCGAAUCUCCGGUCUUAAAUAGAAACGCGACCUUACGCAGUGGGCUGAACUUGACUUCCGAUCCAAGAAAAGCAGGAGAAAUUUCCAAAGCUACCCCUGUCUCUCCGAUUGUGGUGGGAUCUCCAUCAAAAUCUAGCUUAGAGAAAACAGCUGCAAAGUCUUCCAAAACAAAAUCUGAGCGUAAACCCAGGCGAACACCUAAAUUUGUAGGAAAAAAGACUUCUAGAAAAGGAAAUUGUGUAAAGGGGGUUACACCUGUUCAACAUUUUCAGAGUGCAGGCAAAGCCAUUGCUAUUAUUCAGAGUUCUGCUUCUUCUAUUCAAAUCACACAAUCUACUGAGAAGCAUCAAAGUCUUCAGGCCCCUGUUCUUAAUUCGUUUGGUACCAUUUCAGCCCCCACGGCUAGUCUACCUGAUCUGAAUUCUUCUGCUCUCUCAAGAAUUUUGUCUCGACCUUUCACUGACUCGCAACAAGUGCAACUACGUGCUCAGAUUUUUGUGUAUGGGGGUCUGAUCCAAGGGACAGCACCCGAUGAAGCUUGUAUGAUAUCUGCAUUUGGUGGUGCAGAUGGUGGGAGAGGCAGUUGGGAGAAAGCAUGGCGUGCUUGUGCUGCAAGGGCUCAGAGAAUGUGCGUUUCUAAUCCUGAAACGCCAUUGCAAUCACGUGCAGGGAAGACAGAGACCCCGUCAAUGAGUCAAACCAGUAGCGAAGUGAGGUCUGCGACAAAACCCAUAACUCCACUCACAUCACCUUUAUGGAGUUUUUCCACUCCACUCGAAGCUUUACAAUCAAGAAGCAUUUCGAGAGGUUCAGCUGCUGCACCAAUGCCUUCUUCAUUGCAUGCUCAUCAAGUUGCACCAGUUACGAAUAUUGGACAUAAUACUGCUUGGAUGUUCCCUCUCCCUUACUCCAACCCUUGGCUUGCUUCUCCGCAGACCAGUGGGUUCCCCGUUUUCCCGAUCACCGAAUCUGUAAAAUUGACCCCCAUAAAAGACUCUGUCGGUAAGCAUGUUCUGAGUGGAACUUCUGGCAAUGUUUUCAAAGGGACACAAACACUUGAGCCAGCCAGUACAAUUGAAGCACCUGCUCAACAUCCCACUGGGAGGAAAUCAAGGAAACGGAAGAAAAUGCCAGUUUCUGUGGAGUCUGGUCCAAGCAUUUUGAAUUCGCUGCAGCAGACAGAAGUAGUUGUCCCACCUCUUGUUUCUUUAUUUACACCUGUACCUAUUACAGCUGCUCCGGAUAGUUUGGCUUCUAACGCAGGCACCCUGCCCAGUGUUGACUCCAUCUCUACGGUCCCUAUGAACCUGUUAUCUACGUUCACCGGUAAGAAUAUGAAAUCGUCUUUGCAGUCCCCAGUUUUUGGUGGUAACCUUGUGUCUGAAGUUGAGCAGAGAUCUGAGUUACCGGUAGAUACCAUUGAUAAACUUAAUGAGGCUAAGCUGCAUGCAGAGGAUGCUUCUGCUCUUGCUACUGCAGCCGUUAGUCACAGCGAAUACGUAUGGAAGCAGAUAGAGCAACAGAGGCUUGCUGGCCUCCAGCCAGAAACUCAAGGCAGAUUAGCUUCCGCUGCUGUUUCCAUAGCUGCUGCUGCUGCAGUGGCGAAGGCUGCAGCUGCUGCCGCUAAUGUUGCAGCUAAUGCGGCACUUCAGGCCAAAUUAAUGGCUGAAGAAGCAUCCCUUCCAAGUGUUUCUUAUCAAGGUAAUGAUGUAAUAACUCAAGGCCAGGGCACCCCUGCUUCUGUCUUGAAGGGUGAAGGUGCAGCGGUCAGCUCCAGUUCGUUCCUUAGUGCUGCGAGAGAGGCGGCUAAGAAGAGGGUCGAGGCUGCCACAGCGGCCACCAAACUAGCUGAAAAUAUGGAUGCCAUUGUUAAGGCAGCAGAACUGGCAUCAGAGGCGGUUUCACAAGCUGGAAUACUUGUUUCAAUGGGCCAUCCUCCAUCACUCAAUAAGCUGGUGGAGUUGGGUCCAAGUAAUUACUGGAGGCAGCCUCAAGAAUCUGAGGAAGUGCAGCCCGUAAAAGUGGGUAUAUUAGAAAAAGAAACUGUGAUUACCAGUGAUAGAGCUUUUGCUAGUCCCAGUACUGCGCAUACUGAGUUGGAUGCCUCUGUGAGAAUGGCAGAUGGUCUAUCCGGUCUAGUUUCUGCUACUGGAAAUAAAACAAAUGGACAGAAGGGUCACGAAAGUGAGCAGAUUAUGAAAACAGCAAACGACGAAUGCAUCAAAGAAGGUUCGCAUGUAGAGGUUUUCAAGGAAGGACCUGAGUUGAGAACUGCAUGGUACUCUGCCAAUGUAUUGAGCUUAGAGGAUGGGAAAGCUUACGUGCUGUUCAGUGACCUUUCUGUAGAACAAGGAACAGAUAAGCUAAAGGAGUGGGUAUCCCUCAAAAGUGAAGGUGAUGAGGCCCCAAAAAUAAGAACCGCUCGUUCUAUUACGGCCCUGCCAUAUGAAGGAACCAGGAAGAGACGUAGAGCUGUCGUUGGGGAUCAUGUUUGGAAAAUUGGGGAUAGGGUAGACUCGUGGGUUCAUGACAGUUGGUUGGAGGGUGUUAUCUUGGAGAAGAACAAAAAAGAUGAAAAUACAGUGACUGUGCAUUUUCCAGCACAAGGAGAGACUUUGAUGAUCAAAGCUUGGAAUCUUCGUCCUUCUCUUGAAUGGAAAGAUGGAAGGUGGAUUGAAUGUUCUACGUCAGGAGAAAAAAUCAGCUCGUCACAUGAGGGUGAUACUCCAAAGGAAAAGCGGCAGAGACUAGGAGCUCCCGCUCCUGUGGCUGAAGGAAAAGACACGAAAAUGAAGAUUGUUGAUGAUCCGGAUUUAGGUAAACCGCCUCAGACUGGUGCUCUUGACCUCGGUGUUUCAGAGCCUACAUUUAACAUCGGGACAAGUACCAGAGAAGAGGGCAAUCCUGGUCCACACCGAAUGAAGAGAACCGGUUUGCAAACGCAGGGAGCAAAAGUGAUUUAUGGAGUCCCUAAACCUGGAAAGAAAAGGAAGUUCAUGGACGUUAGUAAACACUACGUAUCAGAGGCGAGCAAGAAAACUCGAGAUCGGAAGGAACCAGCUAAGCCUGUGAAACCAGUUGUGCCCCAAAAUCCAGGACCAGGGAGCUGGAGACUGCCUUCUAAACCGAGAGAGAAACAGACAACAACAUCGAAGCCCAAGAGUUUCAAAACUGUGGCCAAGACCAAAGAGAAACCGGUUGCUGCAUCUAGGAUAGUUCCCCGCAAGGACUCGCGUAGUACAACAGCCUCAAAUAUGGAAUCUGAAGAUGCCGUUGGACAGAGUAGAGAGAACAAAGAUUCUGCAUCUGGAACAACUUCGUCUUCUCAAGGCCCAGAAAGUUCCUCCUCGAGCACUACUGGUAAAGGGAAAGUGGCUCCUACUGCAGGAAGGUUGGCGAAGAUUGAAGAGGGCAAGACGUUGGCAGAAGCAUCAGAUGGAAUGGAACCACGUAGAUCUGUCCGCAGGAUUCAGCCAACUUCUAGACUACUUGAAGGUCUGCAAUCAUCGAUGAUGGCCUCGAAGAUUCCUUCCAUGUCACACAGUAGAAGUCACCAAAGUCAAAGGAAAAAGUAA